UGAUCAAAACUUCUGUGAAGAUUCACACACAACUCAUCUCUGACACACACACCAUGUUCACAGUAUCUGUGAGUGGCGUCCUGUUGCUCUUUCUGCUGCAUCACUCGACACUGAAGAGUGUUGAUGGACAGAUCGACAGUAAUACUCUUGCUCGUAUUAUCACCUUCAUUGAGGAAAAGUAUAAGAUAUAUAAUAAUAAUCAGGAACUUCAAUAUGCUGUAGCCAUCAACGUACCGACGGUUCAGUGUGAAGCUGGAUUCAAUCCUUCACUGGUCAACUUUCUAACUGAAGAGAAUCCAACAGAUGUAAAAGGAGACAUUACUAAUAAUGCAUACCCUGUUUAUAAAGGUACAGAGCUCAUAGCAGCAGGAGUUAAAAAAAUUAGUACCAAUAGCUUUAUUCACUCUGAGCGUCUCCUGCUUAACCCUACUGUAGAAAUACACACAACACCCAUGCAGAACCUUCUGAAUAGUAGAGACAACAGCUGUACUAUUCUCUUCAGCCUUAACUCUCCAUGUUCUAAAACCUGCCUCAAUGAGAACAGCCCAAAUAAAAUCCUUCCCAACAUUGAAACCUGGAGUGCACAUAACAGCAUUAAAGCGCUUGUCUUUAAACACAUCUUCAUAGGUGAAGGAUCGAUAGAUACAUUAAGAAGUGCACUGCAGAGGAUUGCAAACUAUGUUCCUCUAUAUCGCUGUAGUGACACUGAGUGUCGCCCCUGUGGAAGCAAAAACACUCUUCCUGGUCAGGGCAGGCAGAAAACAGGCAGAAACGAGGUCACAGGCAAUGGUCGAAGCAGGCAGCAAAGUUAUAAGAGGGUUGAUGAAAAUAGAAAUGAACUUCAUUAUGAAGAUGGAUUCCAGCCUUCACAGGACAACUUUCUAACUAAUGAUGGUGCAAAAGAUGUGAGAAGGGACAUUGCAAAGGCACAAGGUCCUGUUUAUGAAGGUACAGAGCUCAUAGCAGCAGGAGUUGAACGGAGGAGAUACACUAUCUAUUCUGACCGAAGAAAGACUCAUUAUACAAAACCUUCUGAGGAGAAGAAGAAAUAG